AUGCUGUUAUCAUCCCCUAGCCUGUCGUCUUCCAGUUCAGUCCCGGUCUCUCCAUCUACGACCGACUUCGUGUCCCAGCUUCUUCUACCAUGGUACGACGAAGAGGAGGUCGAAAGCUCUAUCCCACUCUCAGGCGAACUGCAGAGGUCUCGCUCGCUGAGCGAUAUCGUGGAGCAAACCGAGUUCGAAGACUCCGACGUGGAACCUCAUGACGGCGCUCCCUGCGAAUGGUUCUCUGGUUCUCCCGGACGCAUGCAGAGUACGCCACAAAGUAGCCCCUCGUCUUCUCCUCAUUCCACGCCUUUGCUUGCCGACGUAACGCUCAUUGGAGCUUUCGUCUCUGGCGACCAGCGUGAAGAUUAUACGCCCCUCCCUUUGCCAGAAGAUAUGGCUGUCCCAGAUUUGGCUUUAUCCGACGACUGCGUCGAUACAACAAUCUCGUUCAUAUCACCCGACUCUGUGGCCCACAUCCACGGGGACUCAGAAAUGAGUGCUACGAAGCCUCCUGGUUUACGCUCCCGCCGUGCUUCCAGCGUCCUGGUCUCGCGGCUCGGGAUACCAGGCCAGCAAAUCGCUCUUACAAGUGCUGGUGUCGAAUACGCUGUCUCCCAGCUGCAGGUUCACGCGGCCGAGGGCGCAACAGCGCGUGAUGAGCGCCGUCGUCUUGACCGUGUCGUUGCUGACGCCGUUGAUGUCUUCUCCGAGAGCAGUACCCAGUCUCGUUUGCGGAACCCUCGCGACAUCAUCGACGCACAGCAUAACCCGCCCCUAAGGAGCGAUAUACAGACCAGGCGACCCGUGUACGAAGUAGGACGCAGUCGUAGCGGGGGAGGCGCCCAUAUGACCAGCAUGGUGCUCCUGGAACGGAACAGAAGCACGUCACAGAUGUUGCCGUUCACAAACACAGCAGCGGUCGACCAAAACCAGCACACAAUACAGCGCCAGAGGGCUUCCUCCGAGCAGCCCAGCGCUCCAGCUCCUCCGGCUAUCCGCCGGAUUCAUUCGUCGACGCCUCUGAGCUACGCAGCGGUAGCCGCGAAGCCACCGCCUGCACCCUCUCCCCGGCCCCGCGUUGUUUCCGAGCAGCUGUCUUCUCCGGGACUCCCCGUUGCACCGGAACAGUUCGAUCAUCCCCUCCUCGCCUGUCGCAUUGCUCCCAUACCCCUGUACAAAGCUCCAGCUGCGGUCGCGCCUCAGGACGAAACUUCACAGGCGACGCCCACGGCCUCGGGGCGGACGACGUCCUGGCGAACACGGCACACGUCGGAGGCGGACAACUGGAGGACAGGUAUGCUUGCUGGCAACCGCGACAACGUGUUGAACGCGGAGUUCGCCGCGACGCCUCCGCCGAUGCCCGCUGCCUUCGUCCCACGACAACCCUCCAUGGGCCCGAGCAUGCUCUCCGUCACUGCACGCGCGCAGCUGCGCGACAUGGCGGAUCGGGCGGGCGAACGCACGGAUGUCGUUCGCCCCCAGCGAGGUCUUUCCGGGGGCGUACGGGUCAGCGCAGAGGACACCUUCUGGUCGACCCCCAGUACAAGCCGUCCUCCUGUCAACACUAUCCAUCCUCGUCCUGCUACGUUCGGCGGAGAUGUAUGCGGCGGAAUGGACGACAAGGCGAUGCGAGCAUGGCGAUCUGUCGAGUCCGACGACGACGAUUCGAGCUCGGGCUACAACUCUGAUAGCGAUGGAUCGCUGGCUAGCGACCUGUGCGUUAAUGGAGACGUUAGCGACAGUGACAACUCCGGCGACGACGAGGUGUUGCUGUUCGCCGAGCGCCGCCAUUCUAAGGAAGCGGCUUUCACUCAGCAAGAUCACCUCGCGAGCGCCGCGCCCGCGGUCUCCAGAACGCACUCAGGUGGCGCUCCCGCAGACCAGGAAGCCUUAUCAUCCACGUACGUCCCACCGCAUGCCCGCUCCAUGCUAGGCACGGCGGAAGCGCGCACUCGCAUUCAACAGCUCGGAACUGCGCCGUCUCUCCAGGAACGAAGCAGGGCUCCGGCGGCGCCUGCGGCUCUUUUGGACCUGCGCACACGCAUCCUACAGUCUCUGUCGCACAACAUGUCUGUGUCUCUCGCUGGGUCUGGAUCUUCUGCUUCUGCGCGCCCUGAGGUACUUGGUCUGGGCAAUGCUGUAGCUUCUCAGGCUGGAACUGGAACUGAGGCGCUUUCUACUGGGGACUUGGCCGUCUCUGCUGCUCCGCUGAUCAGUGCGCCUGGACCUUAUGCUGGAGAACAGGAGACGCCUGUGCCGAACACGCCUUGCACGUCACCGGACCUCCUUGCGAUUUCCCCUCUGUCAGGUAGUGUCGACGUGUUGUUCGCGAAAGACGACACCCUCUUGGUCUCAGACACUGCUGUGGUACCCGCCAUGCAUCAUGCGUCUGUCUCUGUCCAUGCUAUGACGCCACCGGCCUCGCUCUACUCUGAGGUGGUGGAGAGUCCUAUCCUUGCUUCCGGGGAACACAUAGCUACUGCUGGGAACCUAGUUCAAGAUAUGCCACACCUCACUUCCGCUCGUACGCGGAUCGCACUAGUAGAGCGGCCGCGUUCGCGUCUGCUCAUCCUCCCUCCCGGGCCUCCCGAGGCAUCGGACUUGGUAGAUUCGCCCCGCUUCAGGCGCUCCACUGCGCCCGCGAGUCCGAGUGCGUUUGCGUUUGACGCGCGUACGAUCGCCGCCUUUUGGGAGCUCGGGGACACCGUGAAGCGGCUCCGUGGCAAGCCACGCAAGGCCGCCGCGAAGUACAAGGCGGACUCCCAGCCUCUGGAUUGGGAAAAUGACACUCUGGCCAUACUCGAAGGAGGAGAGGACGAGGAGAAGGCUGAGCCGGACGCGUUCGUGCAGCCCUUGCGCCGCCGCUAUGACCCCUGGCAGUUCGAGGAGAAGCCGAGCGCCGACCUCGAGGUCGCCAACCGCGGGCACCAGGCUAUUCCGCAUGGACUGGGGAAGCACCGGCGCGCUGCGACGGCGGCGGCGCGGAUGCGGAGGCAGACCGCGCAGGGGUUCGUUGGGGAGAGCUUCAUGAGGAAGAGGGGUUUCACGGGUGGACGGUUUGACGUUUUGGAGGCCGACGUGCUCCUUCUUUGA